AUGGCGAAACUCGAAGACUUCCUUGACGACGCUAUCUGUACCCUUGAGGAAGCAAAGGAUUACGAGGGGCAGGGUCAUAACGACACCAAGUCUACGCGGGCUAGAGGGGUCAAGAGGUCUGCGAGCGCUGGCAAGCUGAAUCCAGUAGCGAAGCGACAGCAUCGUGAAAGUGGUGAAGAACCCAAUGAGUCUGAUGACGAGGACAACGAUGAGCACAAUCGCGUGCAGAAGAAACGCACAAAGACAGGCGACGGACGAAAGUUUGCUUGCCCCUUCUACAAGUUCGAUUCUGAAAGAUGGAAGAACGAGCGCACUUGCUGCGGUCCUGACGUAGGAGCGGGAAUAGAUUCCAAGAAGGAGAAGCUGCUGAAGGCUAGGAGCAAGGCAGAAGACGGCGUCGGCAAAUGGUAUGAGAUAUACCACAUCUUGUUCCCGUGCAAGAUCGCCGCCAAGGACCUCCCGACCCCUUAUUACGACGCUCCAAAUGGCAAGAAUGGGCUUUCAAACGAUGACGACCUGAAGCGCAAGUAUGAGUGCUUCCUCCGACGUGAGAUCCCGAAGAUGAUUCAUCAGCAACUGGUGGCCGACGUCGAGAAGGAGUUCCAGGAUCUCGGAGCGACGGUCCAAGGUCGCUUGGGUUCGUGGAUCAAGAUCGCGGCUGAAAAAUGCGCGACUGUGUUCCAGUCUAUUCCGACACCCACCGAGGCGGCGGCGCUGCCGAAUCCCGAUACGCGGCCAAGCUCACGUGCGGCCUCACCGGCGGCAGCUGACGUUUGUGGUCCUUCUAUCUUGGACACCUUUGACCCGUACGCGUAUGAGCUUGGGCUUCCGCUUCCAGAAAACUUCAUCCUCAACUUCGACUCAGAGAUUGACAGGUUUCAACCUCUGGAAUGUAUGCCAAACUACGACUCGGCUUACGGCACGGGGAGCUACGGGCUCGACGGCUCCUCGGAGACCUGGCAUGCUGAGCCAGAGGCUCACUGA